CAAAAAUUUAAGGAUUCUCAAUAACUUUAAAAAAAAUUAAAAUUUAUAUUGAAUGUGAUAUUUGCUUCUUUUUAUAUAUUUAUUAAUUUGGCAUAAAACGAUCUAUAGUAUAAGUUUACGAUCAUAACAGGAUCUUUGGCUGGAUUUUUUAUCAUAUACUUAGUACCUUACAAAUUAUAAUUCAGGAAAUAGGAGUUUGUUAAAAAAUUAAUAUUUAAAAGGAAAAACAUAAAUGUUUCAGGUCUUUUUAAUUCUAUGGAAGAAUGUCAAGAAGUGGAUAAAUCUUUAUGUCAAAGUUAAUUAAAUAUUGAAAAAUAUAAUUAAAAAAAAUAGAUUGAAAUUAUUAAAAAACCUUUUAUAAAAGAAGCUAAUGUUUAUGACAAGAUCAUACUAUUAUUUGGUUUCUUUAUAAGUAUGUAUGGAAUAUUUAGCUUUAUAUAUUUUAUUAUUAAUUGA